UAUAAUUUUUUUAAUGGCAAUGAUUCAUAUUAUCUAUCAUAUAUAAUCUGUAAUUUGUUGUCAAGCGGGUAAUUUGAAAUGAUUGAAAGUUUGAUCAAUAUAAUUUUCCAUUGAGUACAGGACAGUGGUAAUUGUAUGUAUAUUCCAAAGUGUUUUUAAUGAAUGUGAUAAUUAGAAGAAAGAAGUACUAUGGAUUUGACAUCUACAAAGUCCAGUCAUAGUGUAUCUGAUGUAUCAAAUACUUCUAGCGUGUCUGCUAAAUUAAAGAGACUGCAAAUAGAAGAGAGUCUACUUCUUCAAAGUAUAACAAAAUGUAUUAGUGAAAAUUCACAAGGAAAUGAUACGUUAUACUCAUCUUCCCCAAACGAAUUCAAACAUUUUGUUGACAAAAUAAAAAAUAAAUACCGGGAAAUAAAGUUGUUGUUCCAAGAUAUACAAACAGGCACUUCUUCGAAAGAAUUGUUACAAAACCUUGACAUCGAUGAUGUUAAAAAAUCUACUCUUGAAUUGGAAAACCGUAUUAGAGCAUUUAAAUCUUAUUUACAAUCUGAAUUAACCGGCCUUAAGGCCGCUGAAGUAGAAUUGAAUCAAACUGUGAAAGAAGAUCUGGUUUCAGUGAAUAAGUUCAAAAAGAAUGUUAGAAUUCAAACUGCGAAAUACAACGAGAUUGUGCCUAGUCCUGUAAAAACUAUAAUAGCGUCACCAUUUAAGUGUGUGGAAGUUCAACAAUUCCAAGAAUUUAUGAUGAAUAGUGCGAAUCGAUAUGGAGGAUGGAACGAAUAUCACCAUAACAUAUUCGUAAACCACUGGCAAAAACACCUAGGGAGCCUAAUUGAUGGCUCCCAUGAUGAGCACAUCCAUGACAUACAACAUUAUCCAGGAUAUGAUACAUUCUUAAGUGAACUUUUACCAAAGUUACAAGGAAUUCAUGAACAUGAUGUUAUUUGCCAUAUUCAAUGGUAUUUAAAGUAUAUUUAUCUUAAGAAGCAACAACAAAAAGCUAUUGAUCAAUGGCGUUCCAACAGAAGAAUAAUCAAAUCAGUAGCAAAGGGACAGCCGGUACACGAAGUAAAUGAAACUGAUAAAAUUAAGGCUAAUAGAAGGAAAAGUGCUAAAGACAGUAGUUAUAACAUUUCAGGUAAACGAGAUUCGAUUAUGCAUUCUGCAAGUCAAGAUAAAAUACGCUUCAUAAGAAAAUGUUAUAGCGAAGACAUGACAAACAUGAAGGAAGACGGAGAAGGCCUAAUAUCUAAAGAUCGAGAAGAUAAAGUCGCAGACAACGCAACAAUAAGGCACUUCCAAAAAGCAACAAAGCAAUGGUGUGACAGAUCUAAUAGUAAAGAAGUUGAAAUAAAAAUAAACACAAAUAGUCUAGAAAAUAUAAAAAAACUGCGUGUUCCAGAUUGGAGGGUUGGAUUAAAGUCUGUUUCGGAUUAAAUCAUACUGAUUGACAAGGACGUUGAUGACUGAUAGAGCUUUUCAAACUGAGUAAUAAUCGCCUAAAAUUGGUCACAAGAGCCCAACUGAUAUUAUAAAAUAUGUUUCUCUGACAAAAUAGCAAAAUAAAACCAAAGUAUUUUAAUAAAUCAAUUUUUACAUACUGAGUACAUAUCUUAUCAAUCCAGGACGUUGAAAAAGGCAGACCUAGUCUCUUGAAACAAUGACUAUGGCACCUAUGGAAUAAUUGGCACCUGGCUACU